AUGGGCUAUUUACCAGGUUCUGAAAUACCUUACAUCGUUCCUGGCAGCAUCAAAUUACAGUGGAGGAAAGAGCUUGGGUAUGGAGCAUAUGAUGACUUCUACGACUUUGAACAGGAUAAAUCUACCGCUGGCUCCGAAGAAGAUGGAGAACUCGUGCCGAGUGAUGACGAAACUGUCUCAAGCCCCAGAGCCAGACUACGAGCAAGAAUCACAGAGCUCAAAGAGGCUCGUAAAAAUCGACGAGCACGACGUGAGCCGACCCCAACUUUAAGCAUUGAAGAGCAAAUUAUCCUGGAAUCAACAUCUGAUGUCUUCGACUUAUUUGAUCGACUUCAGAAGACUGCAGCUAUUCAGACUCUGAUCAAGACUGGUCACAAUAAACAACAGUUUGAUGAGAUCAUUUCUUCCCUCACACAUCGGGACUGUCAGCGCCUUGGCGCAGAUGGAGAGGCGUGGCAGAAGGAGGUGGCAGAUGCCAUCACCGAAAAGGUCAUUCUCGCGCUAGAGGCCAUACAAGAGGACAUCGAUAACCUUAGAGACGAGAAGCUGUUAAGUGGCAAUCUACAAGCUAGCUAA